AUGCCGGACCUAAGAGCAUUUCCUUCAUUGACAAAAUUGGCCCUUUCGAACAAUAACUUUACCGGUUCCAUACCCGUAACUAUUGGCCAUCUCUCCAAGCUUCAAGAUCUAGACCUGUCAUCAAAAUUCUUUCAAAGGUAUAUAGAUCUUAGCUACAAUCAAUUCCGAGGUCCUACACCAUUAUUUCCUGUCAAUGCUUCGCAUAUUCUGUUCAAUGGAAAUAUGUUCUCGGGUUCAAUUUCAUCUCUUUGCAAAGCUCCCCAUGAUUAUCUCGAAUACUUUGACCUAUCAAAUAAUCAGUUGACAGGAGAGGUUCCCAACUGUAGGGACAAAAUUCCAAGCUUGAGAUACCUCAAUUUAGCUAACAAUGGUUUUUUGAGUGAAAUUCCUUCCUCUUUCGGCAACUUAAAAGAAUUACUUGGACUCUUGUUGCAUAGUAAUGGCUUUUCUGGUUUGUUUCCUUACAAUUUGAGACAAUGCCAAGAAUUGAGAAUCAUUGAUAUUGGAAGAAACAAGCUAACAGGAGAGAUACCAUCUUGGAUUGGCAAGGUGUAUCAGAUGCAAUUUCUAAACUUUCGUGGAAAUAAAUUGCAUGGCAGUAUUCCUCCCGAGAUAUGCAAUCUUACUAAUAUUCAAGUUCUGGAUUUAUCAAUAAAUAAUCUGUCUUCGAUAAUAUCUGAUUGCUUCGACAAUUUCACUCUCUUGGCAAGUGAGAGUAUCAGUGACACAUAUGCUUAUGUAGUUACUAUUGGUACACGGUUUGGAGGCUACGAAACAUGGGAGUAUGCAUAUUCAUCAUUUCAAUGGAAAGGUAAGGAAUCAGAAUACAGGAAAUCUCGGGCUUCUCAAACUCAUUGA